UGGGCCUGAUCAUUCAGAGAAAAUUUGUGUGAAAAGCGGAAGCCGUGAGAAAAAGAAAUAUUCACGGACAUACCUAGGAUGAAAUUUAUCUUACAAGAACUUUGAACGUAUUUUGUCACUUGCUUUAAUUCCUGUUAUUGAAUAAAUUAUACAUCACAUUGCAGCAUCCUUUCUUGAAUGUUAUUUUGCAAUACACUAUUUGCGGCAAUAUAAAGAACGUGGUGGUGGUGGUACUGCAUCGGUGACAAUUGUGAUUUUGUGAAUAUAGUGCGUCCAUGGGCGGCAUCAUCUUCCUAACUUUCUCAUAACGCACACCUACGGGAGGCACUCCGCAUCUGUCGCUUGCUUCUCUGAACACUACGUCAGAGGCAUUGCCACCCUUCUGGGGACGGCGGCUGAUGAGUGACGUGAAGCGAGUGCGAUCGCCGACGCCAUACCACUUUUUGCGUCGGCCGCCAGCGCAUCUCUAAACGAUGACGUAAUCCGCGACCAAGGCCGGGCGGCGCGGGGCGGGCUGCGGGCCGGCCCAGACCGCUCCGUACGGCGUACGGGCCAUCCCGUCGGUCUGGGAGGACGGUGCGGGCGGGAGCAGUGCAGUGCGCAGUCGGCGGUGCAACCAGCGCAGCGCGGAGCGGCGGCUGGUGGGAGCCGCCCGCCAGCGAGGAGCUGAACCAGGGAGACCGCCCGUCUUCGACACAUCGGCACUGCACGUAAAGAGGCGCGAUGUCGGCGACGAACGGAGGCGACGGGACCGGUCAGCCUGCCGUGGUGAGCGACCAGCCGACCGCCCUGGCCGGUCAGACCACCGAGGAGGGUGUCAAACUCAAACACUACGGUCCCGGACAGGUGGCCCCGCCGCCGCCCCCGGCGGAGGACGACUGCUGCAGUUGGUGCUGCGGCACGUCCGGCAGCGGCGGCGGCGGAGUGUCCAGGAGCCACCAGACCAACUACGGAAAUAACCAAUACAUGUUCGCCAGUGGCGGCAACGACAGCGGCUGGAGCGGCAGCGGCGGCGGAGACGACGGCGGCGGCGGCGGCAGCGGCGGCGGCGGAGACGACGGCGGCGGAUGUGACAGCGGCGGGGGCAGCAGCUGGGGCGGAGGUGGUUGUGACAGCGGCGGCGGCGGUGGCGGCGGAGGCAGCAGCUGGGGAGGCGGCUGCGACAGUGGCGGGGGCAGUAGCUGGGGCGGUGGAUGCGACAGUGGCGGCGGCGGCGGCGGAGGUGGCUGCGACAGCGGCGGCGGAGGCGGAGGCUGCGACUAAAUACGCAGCUGACGGGCACGAACUAUUGCUUUGUGAUAAUUACUUUCAUCCGCACCAAUUUCCAGCUAAGGACAAAUAAAUAAUCACGUCACUUUA